AUGUCAAAUCCCAGCAGGAAGCGACCCCAAAUUCCGAGUCUUGUGCUGCCCUUUCAGAGGCCACCACGAGCCGGUGUCACCCGGUGUCACCCGUGGCUGCCGGGGCUCCGCAAGGUGCCGGGAGCUCCGGAUCCAGGGCAGCUUUUCCCAUGGGAAAAGCUUUUCCAACCAAACCGUCCCGGCCACGGCUGCUCCCCGUGCCUGGCAGUGACAUUUCAGGCGGUGGCCUUGGGGACAAAAUGUCCUGGAGCAUCCCGGGGUCCAUCCCAGCAGAUCCAAACUGGGAAUACUGGGAGCGGAUCCGGGGGUGUCAUUCCCUGCGGGGCCGGGUAUCAUCCGAGGUCCCCUCCCUCAUCCCGAGCCGAGGGUUUUCGGGAAUCCUCUGGAAUCGGUGCCCGGAAAUUUGGGAAUUCCGGGCUUUUACGAGCCCUGCCAGGAUCCCACCCUGGGAAUCCUGGCUGGGAAUCCUCCGGGCUCCCGGUGACAUCGGAACGUCCCUUUCCACGUCCCCAUCCGUGUCCAUCCGAUCUCCCGCUUUUCCCCCGGAGCAAUUCCACCCAUUUUAAGGAUCAUCCCUUCUCCAUCCUCUCUUCCUGCAAUCCCUGCAAUUCUCCGGGCUCCGUGCCCUCCUCAUCCAGCCCCCGUUUUCCCUAUUUUCCUGUUUUCCCGCACAUCCUGCCGGAAUCCGGCCCUUCCAGCCAUCCCACAGAGUCCCACAUUCCCGGUUUUUUCCCCUUUUUGGGAAUGUCACAGCCUUUCAUCUCCCGAAUUUUGGGAUGUCGAACGCUCGAAACGCUUCCCGGGAAGUCGGCGGUGAACGGAAUUUUUAAUGACGGUGGCGGCUCUCCCGCAGUGUCCGAGUUCUCCUGGGUUUUUUAUGGAAUUGCUGUGAAUUCAGGGAAUAACGGGAGCAGGGUUAGGUAAGAGGGAGUGACCCAGUUUGGGAUGCGUUUUCCAGGCUCUGGAAUUGUCCAGAGAAGGGAAGCGUCAGCUGAAUGUCCCUCAGGAGCUGCCGGGAGCCGGAGGUGGCCUGGAGUCCCACAGGGAUGGGGACAGGGAGGUGACCUGGAAUUCCAAAUGGGGACAUUGAGGUGUCCUGGAAUUCUGCAGGGAUGGGACCCUGGAAUUCUGCAGGGAUGGGGAUGAGGAGGUGACCCAGAGUCCCCAAAGGGGACACUGAGGUGUCCUGGAAUCUGGGAAUGGGGACACUGAGGUGUCCUGGAAUUCUGCAGGGAUGGGGACAAGGAGGUGGCCUGGAAUUCCAAAUGGGGACAUUGAGGGGUCCUGGAAUUCUGCAGGGAUGGGACCCUGGAAUUCUGCAGGGAUGGGGACAGGGAGGUGGCCUGGAAUUCCAAAUGGGGACAUUGAGGUGUCCUGGAAUUCUGAAGGGAUGGGACCCUGGAAUUCUGCAGGGAUGGGGAUGAGGAGGUGACCCAGAGUCCCCAAAGGGGACACUGAGGUGUCCUGGAAUCUGGGAAUGGGGACAUUGAGGUGUCCUGGAAUCUGGGAAUGGGGACAUUGAGGUGUCCUGGAAUCUGGGAAUGGGGACACUGAGGGGUCCUGGAGACCCACAGGGAUGGGACCCUGGAAUUCUGCAGGGAUGGGGACAGGGAGGUGACCUGGAA